GCAGCCAGAUCCUCCUCUGAGCCUCGCUGGCUUCCGUCCCCAGGCAUGAAGUGGCUCCUGCUGUGGAUGCUGGCAGCUGGGGCCGCAGCGGUGGCGGGCAGCGUCCUGACCACGGCUCUGGCUCCAACCCCCGCGCCUGUGGCCUUUACCCCAGCUCCACUGGAGGACACAACCUCACGCCCUGAAUUCUGCAAGUGGCCAUGUGAGUGUCCCCCGUCCCCGCCCCGCUGCCCACUGGGAGUCAGCCUAAUCACUGACGGCUGUGAAUGCUGCAAGAUAUGUGCGCAGCAGCUUGGGGACAACUGCACAGAGGCUGCUGUUUGUGACCCUCACCGAGGCCUCUACUGCGACUACAGUGUGGACCGCCCGAGGUACGCAAUAGGAGUAUGUGCACAGGUGGUCGGCGUGGGCUGCAUCCUCAAUGGCGUGCGCUACACCAACGGAGAGUCCUUCCAGCCCAGCUGCAGGUUCAACUGCACGUGCAUGGACGGCGCGGUGGGCUGCACGCCGCGGUGCCUCCGUGCGCGGCCCCCGCGCCUCUGGUGCCGCCAGCCCCGGCGUGUGAGCGUGCCCGGCCAGUGCUGCGAGCAGUGGGUGUGUGAGGAUGACUCCAGGAGGCCGCGCCAGACCGCCCUGCUGGACACCAGCGCCUUCGCUGCUGCAGGGGAGGUGGAACCCUGGCACAGGAACUGCAUCGCCUACACCAGCCCCUGGAGCCCCUGCUCCACCACCUGUGGGCUGGGCAUCUCCACUCGGAUCUCCAAUGUCAAUGCGCGGUGCUGGCCGGAGCAGGAGAGCCGCCUCUGCAACCUGAGGCCGUGCGAGGUGGACAUCCAGGCCUUCAUCAAGGCAGGGAAGAAGUGUCUAGCUGUGUACCAGCCAGAGGAGCCCACGAACUUCACUCUGGCAGGCUGUGUCAGUGCACGCUCCUACCGACCGAAGUACUGUGGAGUCUGCGUGGAUAACAGGUGUUGCAUCCCGUACAAAUCCAAGACGAUCGAGGUUUCCUUCCAGUGUCCCGAGGGGCCCGGCUUCUCCCGACAGGUCCUGUGGAUUAAUGCUUGCUUCUGUAACCUGAGCUGUAGGAAUCCCAAUGAUAUCUUCGCAGACUUGGAACCCUACCCUGACAUCUCAGAAAUUGCCAACUAGGCAGGUACGACUCAAAGGGUUUGGGGGCCUGCCUCAAAUGAUUACAAAGCAGCCAGCCCUCGGGGCCAAUAACUUCACAAGGGAGCAUUCUUUGAAUAUUCUCUACUCCUAAUCAGCCCGAUCCAAAUUCACAGCCUCCUUUCCUGUCUUCAACUGCUCAGACGAGCCUAGAUGGUGCUGCUCAGGCUGAAAACCACAGGUCCCCUCCUUGGUUGCUUUCUGCACCAUGCCAAAGAAAAUGUCUGUCUCUCCCUACUCUGGACAAGACCCAAGCCUGAUCCAACCUGCUCAAGUCAUCGGAAGUCCUCGUGUCCCAAGGAAUGCAAGAGGCUGGAGAUCUAGGAUCCCCAGUUUCCUCUUUAGAUACCAAACUAGAAGACCUUUGGGAUCCAUUCAGAAGGAUGGACAGAAUUGGGGACCCUAGAAGAAGCUAUUAUUUGGACUCUCAUACGGGGCUCUAAAGGCCAGUUCUGCUCUUAGCACACCAACAUUUGUAGCUAUGACUCCAAAGAUAAGCACACUGCAAGAACACCAGAUGUUUGCCAAGGAAGUAAAUGGUUGUUUCUGAUUUUUAAUGGAAAGGGGGAUUUCUCUGAUCUGAGCCUUGUCAAGUUCAAAUUUCUCUUUCCCCACGAAACUGUGAAGGGUCCAAAGUGGGUUCAUCCCAUCCUGAAAUGAAUUUGAUCAAACUCCCAUUGUUGUUCAUGGGAAAGUCCCCAGACAAUCCAGACAGGGUAAAGUCAGCUCAUUUCAGCAGCAGCUAAUGACCAGAGCACUCAAUGCUGUUGACGAUGGACUGUCCUUGAGAAGCUGGCCAGGGUCUUCCUUACAUCUUAAUUGUCUCUCUGCCUAGGGCUUGUGGAAGUGGGUGAGGCCCUCAGAACAAUCUCUCUGCCCUCUGAGUGGUGUCCUAGAUACCCUGUGAAGUCUAAACCAGAUCUACCAGGCUGGGUAUGGAUCAAAUUGAAAUCUGGUUCACCCUUCAUCAGCCUGGAUGGCCUCCAGGGCUCAAGUUUAUAAAACCACAAAGGUCUCUGAGCUCUGGACACAUCUCUGUCUGCUGACAUGACCUAUGUCAUAGCUUUAGGGACUAAAGAUCAACACAAUUUAACUUUCUGAUGUGAGGCAGAGGUUGACCAGAUGUUUAGAAAUAAAAAUACAUGUAUUUCAUAGAAUUUAAAAACCAAAGAGGGGUUGGAAGGAACAGAAGGUUGUUACAUGCGGAAAUGGGGCUAUUAUUUAUUUUGUUAGUAGAAAACACCAUUUACUGUCACAUUAUUUUCAUUUAGUACCUCUGAUGUCCUCUACACAUUGUUCUCAGUGUUUUACAUGUACUUGCUCCUUGAAUCUUCAUGGUAAUGUUAGGGAGUUUCCUUUGCUAUCUCUGUUCUUAUAAAUGUGAAAUAGAACCUUAGAAAGGUAAAGAAGGUAAAGAAACAGCAUGGGCCACUCACAUCUGCAUGAUCUAGCUUCCUAAUUUCCGGCUUCUCCUGCUUCUGAAUAUGUCAGGAUAGAAAACAUAUUGCAGUAAGCAACUUCUUGCUCUUAUUAUUGUCUAGCUUCUUUUCAAGUGAGUAUCUGACUUGCUGAUAAUUGAGGUACCUAAGCCUACAAAAUAUGUUGCUUAGAGAAAAAUCCUUGUAUCCCCUAUAGACCAUCUCUCCUGCAAAUGAGAAGCAGCUCACAACACAUUUGCCCAACUCUGCAUAUUGGUGGAUAUAAAGAUGGCUACAUGCAGAGGCAGAGAAGGACUGUACCAAUGUGACUUCACAUGGCUACAGCCUUGCGUGAAGCGCACAAGGGUGUAUCAAACAAAUUGUGCUAAACUGCUUUGAUUUAGAAGAGCUUCCCAUCGGUUUAAAAGUGCUCUUCUCCCAGUUGGGUGAAAAAAGCUAUUUUUUUUUAAAUCAGGGAAAACCUUAUGUGGAGUGCUAUAGGAAGAGACUUAAUAUUUCAAAGGAAUGGAUGUGCAAGAAUUUUCCUGUAAAGAGAACUUACUCCAUGAUGAAACCCUUUUCUGAGUUUGUGGCUCACGUUAGAAACACUAACAUUAACAUUUAAGCCCAUAGGAAAUUCAGCAGAAACUCUAAUGUAUCCUGAUUUUGGAAACUGAGGCUAACUUCCACUAUCAUCAGAAGACUGGUUGGAGGAGGGGAGACUGUCCUGGGGAGGGAUGGCUUGGGGUGGCCAGUGGGACUGGGCUGCUACCUUUUGAGAAACAGACAUAGCCUGCUGGGGGUGGAUUGCAGAGAGAAUGCUUCCACUGAUGAGUUAAAGCCUAAGGCAGGAGUUGUGCCCAAGGUAAUGGAGUUCCUUUUGACAGACAGAAUAGUCCUGCAAUGGUGUGGUCUGAUCCAAGAAAAAUCAAGAGUAAUAAUUAUAAUGAAAGUGAUCAUUUACUGAACAUCCAACUGGUGCUCAAACCUUACAUUACCUUAUCAGUUAUCUCUGUACUUAGGUGUACACUUCUCUUCCUCAUUUUAUAUAGAGAAACUCUGAGACAAAGAGGCUAAGGAGUUGGAGUUCAAACCCAAGCUUGUUCUGUUGUACUUUGCUUUGGGGGGCGGGGAGAGAAGGGGAGACUUCUCAGAGCAGACCCUGGACGUCCUAUGGGAGAUUCACAUUGGCAAGGAUUCAGACUGAUCCAAUAGGUCUUCCCCUGGUCUCCUGUAACCUUACGCUCUAGGAUGAAGGGAAGGCACAAUGACUUAACCUUCAAUGAAGGUUCAGUAGCUAGACCAAGUGUCUCAGGUGUUCUGGGAGAACCAAACCAUUGGUUCUUGCUGGAGCCAUCAUAGCUGUCUGGCAGGGCCCCUAACAUGCCACUCUCAUCAGAAGACUGCUGCGGGUAUAUGCUGCCCUGUCUCCUUGCUCCUCAUAGUCAGCUCAUGACAUCGCCAUUGUUCUAGUUGAGUGGUGCGCUGGCUGAGUCUCACAGGUAAAUAAUUGAAGGUCUUCCCAACCAGAAAACGAAAGACCAGGAUUCCAAACCCAGGAUGAGCUGAUACCCGAGCCAUCUUUUUUGACUCUCAGCCAGUUACCCUGCCUUCAAAUCACAAGAACAACUCUUCCAGGAGGUGCUUUAUUGAACAGAGGUCAAUACAUUGAUGGAAGAAGACUCAGAGGUUGAUAAGAAAAAGUAGUUCUGAAGGAUAGCCUUGCCCCCAAUCUCCUUAAAUCAUACUGUGUAUGUAGAAGAACUGUGGAGAAGCAGUGUAGCCCAGCUUUCAUGUCGAAUCACAUCAUUGCUUUAUAAAGACACAAAGCAACCAUGAUGAUGAUAGGUCAUGAUGAUGGUAGGGGUCGCUCAUGAUUGGAACGGCCGACUCUAUUCUUGCACAGGUAUGUGUGUAUAUAUGUAUGUAUGUAUCUAGUUUUGAAACUGUGAUUUCAUAUUUAAAUAUGCCUACUGCCAUUUUUGUAAGUGAAUAAACAAUACAUGUGAGAAAGUGCCUUAGAAUUUCCCAGGAGAGGCAUAAUCACUGUUGGUCAGUCUGUCAUGUUUUAUCAUUUGGGUAGCGUGGAACGUGUUUGCUCAACGUGGCAAGUUCUCAUGGCACCAUGUUUAUGGCUUUUCUCCUUAAAGCGAUAAAUAAAUCAUC